GACCAGGCCUAUCGAACCAUACUAAUUUUAUCCCCCUCGGCCCAUGGUCCUUGCCAUUUUCGUGCUCCCAAAGUUCGCAUGACUAGGUACGGGGGAAUGGGGAGGACGCGCCCUAAAAAGCUCACCUCCAAAGCCUCUAUUCCCAUAGUCAGGGAGCAUGACAUUGAUGCCAUCGAAGAAGAGGUCCAAAAUGCCCUACAACAGAUUGAAACCGGUGUUGAGAAGGCCGAGGAGUCGGAAUUCCAUCUUCAAGCUGCCAUAAAUGCUAGUGCCAAAGGAAAAGUAAAUGAGGCCCAUAUCCCGACCCCAGAGACCGUUCUCAGUAGUCUUCGAUAUGAUGAGCUCUACCCUCCUAUCUUCUCGCAACCUGCGACGUACAUCCGCUUCUCCUCCACUGUGGAGGACUGUUGCGGAUGCCCGUAUAACAUGACCGAAGAGGACGAUGUAUUCCUCAAGAUCAUGAACGAAAAGCGGGAUGCCGCUGACCGAUGCACCGAGGACCAAUUCGAAGAAGUUAUGCACUUCUUCGAGGAGACGGCCCAGACAAAGCAGCCGUUUGCAGCUGUAGAUAAUCCACCGGUCCUGAGUUUUGCCGAAAUUCAGGAUGCAAUGGAUGCAGCCGUAGAGGAAAGCGUAAAGCGAUUCGCCAAAGACGUAUAUGAGCACUGGAAGUCAACGAGGACUGACGCCGGAAACCGGUCACUAAUGCCGAGCCUUAAGUUCGAGACUGGGCAAGAAACCGAUGACACAGAUCCCUAUGUCUGUUUCCGUAGACGCGAAGUCCGUCAGAUUCGCAAGACUCGGGGCAGAGAUGCUCAGAGUGCCGAUAAGCUGAGGCGUCUGAGGAAGGAGCUGGAAGAUGCUCGGCAAUUAGUUGCUCUGGUGCGUCAGCGUGAGCUGGCGAGGAAGGAGAUGCUUGCCAUUGAACGGCAAGUGUUCUUGCAACGAUCCGAAGUCAAGGAGAUGAAGAGGAAACUCAAUCUCAAGGACGAUGAUGAGGAUCUCAUCAACCAGAAGCCCAAGAAGAAGCCGACCGAAGCACCAGCUGUGCAGCGACCGGCAGCCCCUCAGCUCCGGAUGCCACCAAAGGCUGGCACCCAGGCUGCGGAGGACUUGCAGUUACUGGAGGAUGUCCAGGCAGAAAAAGAAAACGAAAUUCUGCGCGAUAUCAAUCAGAACAUCGCCAAGCACAUCAAAUGGAACGAGGGCUAUGUAGACUUCACAAGAGCGCCCCUCUCGCCAUCGCCUGAGAGGACCUUCCAGGCUGCUUUCCGCCCGGCCAUCACUGCCCAGUUGCCGACACCACCGUCCUCAGACUCAUCGGAGAACAUGAUGGAUACAACCUUAGAUAACCCAGGUGCACUGUCUCUCCGAGACAAGCUAGCACCUCAAACCAUGGUGAUGAGCGACGAUACCAGCAGGAUGCCCUCGUUCAGGCGACGCAUCGGGCGUGGUGGUCGUUUGUUUAUCGAUCGUCGAAACCUUGUUUCGCGUUGUAGAGUGGAGCUGGAUCCGUGGAAGGCCGAUCGCUUCAAGUAUGAUCAGGAAGACUCGGACGAAGAGCUCGACUUUGAACGAGACCAGUUUGACAUCCACAUCAUGCAGCACCGAGCCAUCAUGAUGGCGAAGGCUCGAGACCAAGCCGCGGCAGCAGCUCAGGCGCAUGCGCAGGCGCAAGCCCAGGCUCAGGCCCAAGCACAGCGGCGAUUGCAAGCUGACCAAACGGCCAACAAUCCGGGGCAAGCCAUGGGAUCCAACCCUGGGCCUGGUGCCAUUGCCCCCACACCUGAGACUUGA